AUGCAUGAAGAGGUAAGGAAUAUUAAGAAUUAGGAUAUUAUGUAAAAAGGCAGCUCAAGAUUUUGUUGUUUUAGUUUGAACAUGACACUUUUUCUUCUAUUUAUUAAUCUAAAAUGAUUUCCGUGAUUCAAUUUCAAUAACAGUAUUGUGUUUGUACAAAACAGCGGUCAGCAAUAUACAAGAAUCAGUAGACCAUACCAACAACUGGUCUACUUUCAAUAAUCUUCACCUUAACCUUGACAAAUGUAAAGAACUUCAGAUCUCUUUUAGUAAACAAAGUAGCCAUUAAUUUCCAACCAUUAUCAAUCGGAGAACAUCGUCUCGAACAUAUUACAGAAUGCAAAUUACUUGGCAUGAUUAUCAGUGAUGACCUAAAGUGGAAUAAACAUAUAGAUAACAGUCAGCAGAGCUUCCAAAAGAAUUUAUUUUCUUGUUCAACUAAAAAUAAAAAAGUCGAAGUUAAUAAUCUCAUUAAUUUUUUUAAAACCUGCAUCAGAUCCCUCCUGGAGUAUCGCUGUGCAGUUUUCCACGAUAGCCUUCCUGACUAUCUCCACCUGCGCCUGGAAAGGGUACAAAUUAGAUGUAUGUCCAUUAUUUAUCCCGAAACCACCUAUGACAAUACUCUAGAAAAUUCCAGUCUAUCCAGCCUGAAACAACGGCGAGAAAAGCUUGUAGCCAAAUUAUUCACCAACAUUAUAAAAGACCAAGAUCACCACAUGAAUUGCCUGUUGCUGAACAAAAAGCGAUCCUGCUACAACUUUCGAAAGAAAAAUACAUUUACUGAACCUCAAUGUCGAACUGAUCGCUAUAUAAAAACACUUUUAUCCCUGCCAACACUUUUAAGCUUAGCAGUUAAUCGUAUUCUAAUUUACACUGAAAUUUAACUUUUUUAAAUUUGUAAACUAUACAUGCAGUUGAGUAAUGUUUUAUAUAUUUAGCAAAUUAUUGUAAAAUUGUGUAAUUCAACCUGCUGGUUGCAAGGCAAUUCUAUUAAAACGAUCUAUCUAGCUACAAUCCUGGCAAAAAUUAUGUGGACACCUAACCUUUGUAAGGUUAAUAUUAACAUUGAGACGUUCUUUCAUGAAAUUUGUCGCCCCCUGCCCCCUAUUCAAUGUUGUUUCUCGCAUUCAAAUUUUAAAGUUUCAUUUACCAACAUUGAAUUGGGGGUAGGAGGGGGAGAAAUUUUCUUGCGGAUUAAUUAUGUAGAAAUAGAUCUAUUUUUGUUUGACGCACUCGCUGUCCACGAUAAUUUUUGCCAGGAUUGUAGCUAUCUAACCUCUUCACGACGACAUGUCACAAAACCACAGGCAAUCGAAGUGGUCACAUACUCACUUUUGCAUUGCAGAUAUUACUCUCCAUGCAGUGAUUAUAAAUCAAUAUUUGGUAUGCAUUUGGUUGAUUCUAGAUUGUUUUUUUUAAGCAUGGGUAACCCCCAGUUUGUGACAUCAAACAUGUUCAUAUGUGAAUAAAUUUUGCUUUGAAGGGUUGGGAUUAGUCCAAGAUAUUUGCAACCACCACAUUUUUUGAGAAGAGUAAUUUAAUCAGUUUAAGCUUACACUAUCAGAGAAAAACAAAAAUUCAUCUAUUUUUAUUUCUUCAUAGGCCUUAAAUGAAGAUAUUGGCGAAAUGAUGGAGGAUUGGGUUUUGUUUAUUGAGACGUGUGCUCAGUGUGAAGAAAAUGAAAUUAUCAGACUAACGUUGUCACAAGUCAUUGGCUCAGGAAAUGUCACUUUUGUUUUAGCUGAGCCUCUUCAUGCAUUUGGUGAGAUUUGUUGCUUUUGUUAUAUGUUAUUAAAAUAUUUGGUUAUUAUUCAAUAUAAAAUAUAUAUUACAAAGGCCCGUUUUUUAAAUGUUAUGUGUUUGAAAUUUUUCCACAUGUCGCCAGUCAGGAUUUCUUUUCUUUUUCUUUGAAUGUACAUACUAAAAUAAUUAUUGGAUAUUACUUAUGCGCAUGCACAUGACAUUAUACAGGUAAAGGAUUAUAUAUAGCUAUAUAGGGUGUUCACAAUUUGGAAUUGGCGGCAGGUCGAACGUUUGACAAUUUAUAUCAAUAAAACAAGAUGCUCUAUUAUACAUUCAGUAACUGGUUUUAUUAAAAUAGAGGCCUGUGGAGGCCAAUAGAAGCCUAUUAUUAAAAUAGCGGCCUGUUCUGUGAUAGUAGGGUACAUAUGGGUGCAUGCAAGUCUAAAAGUAUGUAAUUCGUUGACUGAUUUUUAAUUUUUGAUUUAGGGGCACUUCUUUAGGAGCAAAUAUAGAACGGCUCAACUUCCAGACCUAUUUAAUUGCUAUAGUGUUUCGUUCGAUCAUCUAGAUAAUUUUAACAUAUUAAAAAAAACGCCUUGCCGAACCAACAUUAAGGGUUUGAAACAAUGCAACGUGGUGACCAGUUUCUGGUCCAGUAGUACGAUCGUAGCUAUACUUGUUUAAAUCAGACACCGUCAGUCGAUGAGUAUGGUGGCCCAUCAUUGUCGCUGCUAAAAUCAUUUUGUCAAUAUUUUGUGGUAGAAUUGUUUUGUUCGAUAUAAUAAACACUUAUUGGAUUCAUCUUCACCCAGUAUGGCAAAAUAUUACGUCUCAACUUCAAUAUUUUAGGCUUGACCUUCGAUCUCGCCCAAUAUUGCAGUCUCGACUUAAUAUUUUGCCAUAUUGAGCUCUGUAUAGAAUCCAAUAAGAUAUAAUAUCCUGCUAGUAGAGGGCCAAUCAAAUUGCAGAAUACUUAUACCUGGUAGUUGUCUAUAUUAUAAUGCUCAGCUCAUGAUCAGCCUCAUUCAAUAAUUAUUUAAUGAAUGCCUCAUAAUAAAUGUUGUUUGUUUUUGUAUCUUUGUAUUAGAAAACCUGACAUUUCGGCUUUGGAAAAUUAUUAUCAAUUUGUUAAUCGAUGAUUCUGUGGAGGUCAAGGUUUCCAUGGCAAGUGGUUUGCCAAACUUAUUACAGUCAGUUGCGCAAG